GGGCGCCGAGGGGGAGGGGCGGGCCCGCCCGGCUCGGCCCGGCCGCCAGCGCGCGGCUGCUGGAGCGCCCCGGGCCCGGCCCGGGCGGCGGCGGCGGCUCUAUCCUAGGGUCUCGGCGGCACUCGCGCGCCGCGCCGCAGCCAUGGCCCUGGUGACCCUGCAACGCUCGCCCACGCCCAGCGCCGCCUCCUCCUCCGCCAGCAACAGCGAGUUGGAGGCUGGCAGCGAUGAAGAUCGGAAGUUAAACCUCAGCUUAAGUGAGAGCUUUUUCAUGGUGAAAGGAGCAGCCCUCUUCUUACAACAGGGAAACAGCCCUCAAGGCCAGAGGAGUCUUCAGCAUCCCCACAAGCAUGCAGGUGACUUGCCCCAACAUCUUCAAGUAAUGAUCAACCUUCUGCGGUGUGAAGAUAGAAUCAAGCUGGCUGUGCGCUUGGAGAGCGCCUGGGCGGAGCGGGUCCGGUACAUGGUGGUGGUGGACAGCAGCGGGCGCCAGGACACUGAGGAGAGCAUCUUGCUGGGAGUCGACUUUUCCAGUAAGGAAAGUAAAAGCUGCACCAUUGGCAUGGUCCUUCGACUGUGGAGCGACACAAAAAUACACCUUGACGGAGAUGGUGGAUUCAGCGUCAGCACAGCAGGAAGGAUGCACAUCUUCAAGCCCGUAUCCGUCCAGGCCAUGUGGUCUGCCCUGCAGGUCCUUCACAAGGCCUGUGAAGUGGCACGACGGCACAACUACUUCCCCGGGGGUGUGGCCCUCAUCUGGGCCACCUACUAUGAGAGCUGCAUCAGCUCUGAUCAGAGCUGCAUCAACGAGUGGAACGCCAUGCAGGACCUGGAGUCCACGCGGCCCGACUCCCCAGCCCUGUUCGUGGACAAGCCAACUGAAGGGGAAAGGACUGAGCGCCUCAUCAAAGCCAAACUCCGGAGCAUCAUGAUGAGCCAAGAUCUAGAAAACGUGACCUCCAAAGAAAUCCGUAAUGAGUUAGAGAAACAGAUGAACUGUAACUUGAAAGAAUUCAAAGAAUUCAUAGACAACGAGAUGCUGCUUAUCUUGGGACAGAUGGACAAACCCUCCUUGAUCUUCGAUCAUCUUUAUCUCGGCUCGGAAUGGAAUGCAUCCAAUCUGGAGGAACUGCAGGGCUCAGGUGUGGACUACAUUCUGAAUGUCACUAGAGAGAUAGAUAAUUUUUUUCCUGGCUUAUUUGCGUAUCAUAACAUCCGAGUGUAUGAUGAAGAGACAACUGACCUUCUUGCCCACUGGAACGAAGCUUACCAUUUCAUAAACAAAGCGAAGAGGAACCACUCCAAGUGCCUGGUACAUUGCAAAAUGGGUGUCAGUCGAUCGGCUUCCACCGUCAUAGCCUAUGCCAUGAAGGAAUUUGGCUGGCCUCUGGAAAAAGCUUACAACUAUGUGAAGCAAAAGCGCAGCAUUACACGCCCCAACGCAGGCUUUAUGAGGCAGCUGUCUGAGUAUGAAGGCAUCUUGGAUGCGAGCAAACAGCGGCACAACAAGCUGUGGCGCCAGCAGACCAGGAGCUGCCUGCAGCAGCCUGUGGAUGACCCUGCAGGGCCUGGGGACUUCUUGCCAGAGACCCUGGAUGACACCCCAGAAGGCCAGCUGCCCUGCUUGGACGAUGCCGCCCAGCCUGGUUUCCCAGGCAGCAGGUCCUCAGGAGGACCCGCUCUCCCCUGCUGUUUCCGGCGACUCUCAGACCCUGUCCUGCACUCCCUGAAUGACGAAACAGGCAGCGUGGUCCCCCUGGAGGACCUGGAGAGGGACGCUCUGUUGGGGGAAGCAGCUCAGCCAGCAGAGGGGCACAAGCCUGCCAGACAUGCCCAGGAAGGUUCUGGACUCUGUGAGAAGGAAAUGAAGAAGAAACUAGAGUUUGGGAGCCCCGAAGCCCGCUGUGGCUCCUUGCCACAGGUGGAGGAGAUGGAAAGGGAGGAGGGCCCCGGAGGAGGGAGGUGGGGGCAGCCCCCAGCCCAGCUUGACAAAACCCUGCUCAACUGCGAAAACCUAAAUAACAACAACAGCAAGAGGAGCUGUCCGGACGACUUUGAGCACGCUGCCCUUUUUGGGAUCCUUAACAAAGUGAAGCCUUCCUACAAAUCCUGUGCCGACUGCAUGUACCCUACAGCCAUCGGGGCUCCAGAGGCCUUGGGGGAGCGGUGCGAGAACCCCUGUGCUCCUGCCAUCUGUACCCAGCCAGCCUUCCUGCCCCACCUCACUUCUUCCCCUGUGGGCCACAUGUCUGGUAGGUCCCGAGCUUUGGAGAAGCUGGCCUCUGGACCAACCGAAAGUCCCCCAUUUCUACCACCAGCAGGCUCAAGGAGGCCAGACUCCAGUGGUUCUGGGGCAGGGGCUGUCCCAGAGCUACCAGCUAGCCUUUUGGAACCUUCCAGAGAGACCCAAAAAGUCCUGCCAAAGUCCCUCCUUUUGAAGAACUCUCACUGUGAUAAGAACUCUCCCAGCAUGGAAGUCCUGAAGGAGGAACCACCAUCUAAGAAAGAUCUGAAGCCGGCCAAGGACCUGCGUCUGCUGUUCAGUAAAGAAUCUGAGAAACCCACAACCAACAGCUACUUGAUGCAGCACCAGGAGUCCAUCAUUCAGCUGCAGAAGGCAGGCUUGGUCCGCAAGCACACCAAAGAACUGGAGAGGCUGAAGGGCAUGCCUGCAGACCCGGCGUCUCCCUUCAGGGACAGCGCCACCAGCAGGCUGGAGGCCAGCAUACCUGAGGAGAACCAGGAUCUGGCUGCUGUCCCUCCCCUGGGACCCCCGGCUCCACCCAGCGUUGCUGGGAGCGAGAAGUCAGACUCUGCCCACCCCCCACCAGAAGGGACCUCGUUGAAAAGCCCCACUCCCUUCCUCUGCCGCCUGGACCACACCAGUCAUUUCUCAAAAGACUUUCUGAAGACCAUCUGCUACACACCCACCUCCUCCUCCAUGAGUUCCAACCUGACCCGCAGUUCCAGUAGUGACAGCAUCCACAGCGUCCGUGGGAAGCCGGGCCUGGUGAAGCAGCGGACGCAGGAGAUCGAGACCCGGCUCCGGCUGGCAGGCCUCACGGUCUCGUCCCCACUGAAGCGCUCCCACUCUCUUGCCAAGCUCGGAAGUCUCAACUUCUCGACCGAGGACCUGUCCUGUGAGACCGACAUGUCCACAAUAGCCGACUCCCAGGGUGCCAAGCUGAGCCUGCCCAGAGCCCUCCAGGAAGAAGCUGGGUAAAUUUGAAGGCCUCCCCUGCCUCUUCAACAUGUCAUGCCAAGCCCUUCCCUCCCCACCACCCGAACUUUGUCGCCCACCCAUGUCCCUGCAGGUGGAGUGGCUUUGUACACACAGGGGCACUGCUCGCUGAAGUGCUCCCACAUCUGCAACUCGCUCUCCGCUGGGUCAGCCAGAGUGAUUCAGUGACACCAGAAAGCCUCCAAAGGCCAGCCCACUUCUGAAAGUGGGCGAAUGAGUCGCCAUCGUACACCUUACAUUGGUCAGAACUGGGCCUCCCGAAGCAGCCAUUCCAGAGAGCACCCCAGGCAGGGUCUUCAGGAGCAAGACUAGCCCCCAUUUCAACGAGUGGAUAGUCAUUGCAAAAACCCUCUCUCCAGGACCUUUUUCUCCCUGGCAUUGUUUUCUGUUUUUGUUUUUGUAAGCAUACAUUAUUUCACUUUAUACCUUAAGAAUUUAUUUUUCCACCACUGACAAUUGAGAUAAUCUAAAAAGGUGAUUACCCACUUAAACCCUGUUGAGUCCCCCUCUUCCCUGCCAGCAAAAGCAUAUUCUCAUAAAAUAUAUCAAGUUCAAUGUUUUGCCAAAGUAAAUUUCAUGUGGUGGAUCAAUUUUUGUGUCAAAAUAAUCCUUUAGAUUCGGUGAUGACAGGCUUAUGUUGGUUUUUUAGGCACGUCUGUGUAUGAGAACAGUAUAGUUUUAAAAACUUUAAUUUUGAAAGCCGUAAUUUUUCUUAACCAGUUAAAAGGUGGGGGAGGAUUACCAAUAUGAGUGGGUCUUUGGCUUUUGGCAGACUUACCCAUUCAUUUUCAGAAGCACAGCUCGCACAGCAGCAGCUGAACAGACCAGGGCUCAGGUGCCCAUCAUCGGAGCAGAAUUAAGCGUGCUCGCGCUGACAGGUGUCACUGGGGCCUGGAGAGAAGGACCAGUGUUUCUCCCAAGACCCAGAUUGGCUGCAUAUAUACAUAUGGCAAAUUGCUCUUGAAAAUAUACUGACAGAAUGAGCAUCCUGCCAGGCUUGGGGGCACCUUGGCAAAGACAGAUUCAUACCAGUCUCUGAAAAGACAGUUUGCACUGUGAGAUAUGCCAUAUCUUGGCCAAUGCUUUACCUGAAGUCCUAGCUGAUGGGGAAGAUUCUGAACAGUAGUGGCAGGGUGAGAGGCAGGGGUUUAUGCUGGGAAAACCAUUGAUUUUGGUGACGGCCAUUUUCAGGGAAUGCCUUUGCUGAAUUAGCAGAGAAUGAAAACUUCUGAAUCUUGAUUGAUACGCUGUGUAUUCAGCUGCAUUUCAUCUUUCACUUUGACUGACUUCCACUUUCAUUCAUGUGGCAUACCAAAAGUUAGGCUAAACUUUUCUAGAUCUCCUUGCAUUGAUACAGGGAGGUCUGGCUGGCAACCAGGCUGUCCUCUGAGCAUGAUUUGACAAUGCCAACUUUCUCUUAUGGCUGCUUCAGGGUCGUGGAGCAGUGUCCGUCAUUGCAUGACCUUAAGAACGAGGUGUCCUGCUUUUAGUAUUCCUUGCUUCUGUGAUCUCUGUGUGGGGACCCAGGUCCACCUUUGGGCUUCUGGGGAGGGGCACCCUGUCUGUCAGGCAUUCAGAGUACUCACAGGUGCUCACAGGUGGCUGCACUGUCCAACCUCUUCUCCACCCAACACUCUCCAGCUAAGAAGCAUUCCAGCCCAUUCUAAAGCCCCUUGUGGGUAAGCGCAGAGGUGCCAUGGGAUGGAGACAAAGUUGCAAUAGAGUUAACAUCUUCAGUAAACCCUGUACUUUGGCACUCUUACCUCCACAUGGGCAGGAUGCCAGAAGGUUGACGACUGCCCCUCUUCCCUGGGGUCAUUUCUCCCUAGUGAGAACAAAUGUGGCACCAUUUAGUCAAGAUCACACACAUCACCUCACCCAGGGUGUCUGAAGAGGGACUUCUCUGUUGACCAGAAGUGCCUGGUGCCAGAAUAUAUUUCACCCAACCCUACUCUGCUCGCCACCUACCAGGGCUUCCCCAAAACACAUGACGCAGCAAGGGCGGCGGCCUCUCUGGCAGGAGAGCUAGAUGGCCCAGGAAAUUAGCGACACGGGGACAGCACAGUGCAGUACCUGCUCUGGUCUCACCCCUCAGGGUCUUGCAGAUGCCACAUGCCAAACAAAAGCUGAUUGACACCCCACCCCACCCCGUGCUCUACUACUUGGUUUUUUUAUUGUCUGCUCUGCAAUUGAAUACCCACGUGUAUGAGUCCACUGCGUGUAUAGAUACAGAUAUAUUUAAAACUUGAACAAGAUCAUCUUGUGCAUCACUUCUCUCACACACACACAUGCUGCACCACCGAGCAUGAAGCAGGCCACCUUGACCGAUUCAGCGUGACACCGCACAGCGCUACCCUCGGCAGAUCUGAUGCGACUGCCUUGUCUUGCGGUAGGUGCUAUGGCCCCAGCUUCAGUCAGUCCCUCAGGCAGGGGUCUUUAUAACCAGACCUCCAGUUCCCUGCUGCCCUUACAUUGGCCGUGCUGCACCAGAAGAUGGCUGCUUCCUCCCUCUUUUCCUACACUGUAAUUAUUGUUUUACAAUGGAGUGCCUUAAUAAUAGUUUACAAAUACUGUGUAUUUAUAAGGGAAACUGUUAAGCUCUCACUUUCUGUGAUUGGAAACUUUGCCUUGUCAGUGGUGGUUGGCGUUUGGGCUGGAGCUCGCCCAUCCCUUACUCGUGCAUUUUGACACGUGUGCCCACAAUGGCCUGAGGAGCAUUGCUAGAAAUGGCACUGGUAGUUCCCGCAGGCAAGGCAGGCAUUGGCUCACACUUCGUCCCAUUGUAGCGAGGAAAGAACAGAAUUUGGUUUGGUAGCCAGCUGGGGGAUGGUACAGUCCAUGGCCCUGUCUGGACUUCAGCCCAGCACAUGUACCCCCACCGACCCCCUGUUUCCCCCAUCACAUAAUUGUACUCUUGCUUAGAGGAGAUUUUAUUACCACCUAGGCCACCCUGUUUUCCUCUCUGUUGGUGUCCUGAG